CAGGCGUGGUCUGACCAUCCCCGUCAGCACUCUUCUUUGACCCUCUACCUUUCUUCAGCUCUUUUUCUUCAGAAUGCGUGAAGUCAUCUCGAUCCAUGUUGGACAGGCCGGUGUGCAGAUCGGAAAUGCCUGCUGGGAGCUCUACACUCUCGAGCACGGAUUGUCGCCCGAUGGCCGUAUCGUAGAAGGCUCGCCUGCGUCUGGCGACCACGGCUUCUCCACCUUUUUCUCUGAGACGGGGUCGGGCAAGCACGUUCCUCGCUCGCUCUACGUCGAUCUCGAGCCGGGUGUCAUCGACGACGUCAAGACCGGGCCCUACCGGUCUCUCUUCCACCCCGAGACGAUGGUCACGGGCAAGGAGGACGCCGCGAACAACUACGCGCGUGGACACUACACCGUGGGUAAGGAGCUCAUCGACCCCGUCAUGGACAAGAUUCGUCGUCUUUCGGACAACUGCUCUGGUCUCCAGGGCUUCUUCGUCUUCCACUCGUUCGGUGGUGGAACCGGCUCAGGUUUCGGUGCUCUCCUUCUCGAGCGCCUCUCGACCGACUAUGGAAAGAAGGCCAAGCUUGAGUUCUGUGUGUAUCCCGCGCCUCAGCUGUCCAGCUCGGUCGUCGAGCCGUACAACUCGGUGCUCACCACUCACACCACGCUCGAGCACUCCGACUGCUCUUUCAUGGUCGACAACGAGGCUAUCUACGAUAUCUGCAAGAAGAACCUAGGCGUCGUCUCGCCCAGCUUCGUUAACCUGAACCGUCUCAUCGCCCAGGUGGUCUCAUCGGUCACCGCCUCGCUUCGUUUCGAUGGCUCCCUCAACGUCGAUUUGAACGAGUUCCAGACUAACUUGGUUCCUUUCCCUCGUAUCCAUUUCCCGUUGGCUACUCUGGCUCCCAUCAUCUCUGCUGAGAAGGCCAACCACGAGCAGAACUCUGUUCCGGAGAUGACCUUCUCGUGCUUCGAGCCGGGCAACCAGAUGGUCAAGUGUGAUCCCCGUGAGGGCAAAUACAUGGCUUGCGCUCUGCUUUUUCGUGGUGAUGUUGUGCCCAAGGAUGCCAGCGCUGCGGUUGCUGUGAUCAAGACGAAGCGAACGAUCCAGUUCGUUGACUGGUGCCCGACUGGCUUCAAGCUCGGUAUCUGCAACGAGCCGCCUGCCUGCGUCCCGGGUGGAGACCUCGCCAAGGUGACCCGCAGCGUGUGCAUGCUGUCGAACACGACGGCGAUCUCGUCGGCGUGGAGCCGCUUGGACCACAAGUUCGACCUUCUGUACUCGAAGCGUGCGUUUGUGCACUGGUACGUCGGUGAGGGUAUGGAGGAAGGCGAGUUCUCCGAGGCGCGCGAGGAUCUGGCUGCGCUCGAGAAGGACUACGAGGAGGUCGGCAUC